CUUUUACCUUCUCACUUAUUGUUUCAUUCUAUUCUCUUCUUCCAAGUGUUGCAUUUCAUAGAAAAAUAUGGCUUCCACGUUUGCACAAGCCAUUUUUGCAAUGCUGCUAAUUGCUUCAAUGGUGGCACUUGGCACAGCCAACAAGGAUUGGCAGCAGCGGAACUACACUGGCUGGGGUUUCAACCAUGGUCCAUAUCACCUCAACAAGACAGAAGGACCCAACAAGAUCAUUGUUGGUGGCUCCGAAAACUGGCAUUAUGGUUUUAACUAUGCAGAUUGGUCUCUGAAAAAUGCCUCAUUUUACGUCCAAGACACUCUGGUUUUCAAGUAUGAUCCGCCAAACAACACCACACCUCCUCACAGCGUGUACAUGCUACCAAACCUUUGGAGCUUCAUACACUGCGACUUAAGCAAGGCCAAGAUGGUGGGAAGUCCAACACAAGGAGGUGGAAACGGCUUUGAGUUUGUGCUCAAGAGCUCGCGGCCUUACUACUUUGCUUGUGGCGAGCACAAUGGUACACAUUGUAAAGACGGAAUGAUGAGGUUCUUCGUGUUCCCAAAGCUUCGCGGCUGGCAUUAUUAAGAGUUUGAGAUGUGAAUACAAAACCUUGAUACUUCGUUUCUGGAGAAGGAUUUUUAGUAUUCGAUUAAUUUUUUACCUUUGAGCAAAUAACAAGCUAGACUUGGCGUAAAGUUUUGACAUAUUGUGGUUAUUAGCUGAUCAUAAGUUCACCAGUG